AUGGGGCUUGUGGGUGAGUUUGAAGAGGCAUGUAAAUUAAAUUCCCCUGUUGUUCCGAGCCAGAAUUUAGGUUCGGUGUGGAAGGCACCUGAUGCAGGAGCAUACAAGCUAAACACUGAUGCAAAUUUCAGUGUGCAGCAGCUGCUUGGUGUGGGAGGCGUGCUUAGAGAUGCUGAUGGGUCAGUGCUGAUGGCCUACUGCUCGACUCUUAGGGGCAGUUAUGGAGUGGAUUUGGGUGAAGCGAUUGCAAUGCGGCAAAGCCUUGGGAUUGCCCUUGAAGUCGGCUUCAGAAAUUUUAUGCUUGAAACCGAUAACAUCAAACUGUUCCAUCACAUGAAGAAGGGUAUCAUCAUUCCGAACGAUUUUGGUAAUGUGAUUAGGGAUAUUCUUAGGCUUGUUUCUCAAUGUUUUUCUUGCUCUUUCUCCUUUGUGAAGAGAUUCGGUAAUGGUGUUGCCCAUGGCUUAGCUAAUUUAAGUAGUAAUUUUAGUGAAUAUCGAGCUUGGUUAGAGGAGUAUCCCUCGGAAAUUCACGGGGAAGUUUGUAAUGAUCUUGAUCUUUUGAUGAAUGAAUAA